AUUCCUAUGGUCAAAGUCAAGUCAAUGCGUAAUUCAUCCUGUUCACUUUGAAUUGAUGACAUCUCUGAUGUACGCUAUUGUAUGCACAUGUACAGUACUUGGCUAGGAUGACGCGCGGUACAGACACACACAAUUAAAAAAACACAGACACAUUUGAACACGCACACACACACACACACGGAAAGAUAGAUAGACAUAAGCACCGAUAGUAGUACAUCCGUUGAUAUAUUAUUAGUUGAUUUAUUCACGGAAACUAUAAAACACGCUGAUUAUUAUCAAAAAGGGAAAAUGUAAUUAUUUCUUUCUGAUUAUCAUUUUUUAUUAUCAGUAUUUUAAAAAUUACAUUUACUGCCAGUCAAUCUAUGCUGUAUACGUAAACAGAUACACUUACACUCACACACACACUGACAAAGAUACACAGAGUCAGCAGUUACAUUCUCUCUCUGUAUUGAAUUAUUUUACAAAUCGAAAAUCAAAUUACAUCUUUCUCAAAUUGUGCGCUAACAUUAAAUGUACUGACCAACUAGACUGGAUUAAUAAUGUCACAAAACUCAGAAUACUACUACUACUACUAUACUACUAAUAGUAAUAAUGAUAACUGAUAAAGUUACAAUGAGACGUUUAUUUCACGUCAAAAUCAAAUUUAUGCAUUUUUCUGGAAUUAAAUAAAGAUCAUUACUAUCAUUAUCAUCAGGUAUGUUAAUUGAUCUGGAACGUUAUUUACACCUAAAUAAUCUUUAUUAUUUUAUCUACGAGCUGAUGAUGAUGAUGAUUUUCUUAUCAAAUUUAUGGAUUUUAAAAAUGGUACAAACAAAUGAUGUGAUGACCAUGGUUACCAUGACUACAGUUCAUAAUAAUAAUAAUAAUAAUAACAAGAAUAAUUUAUCUAUUGAAAAGUUGUUCAAUAAUCAAACCCCGGUGGAUUUGAUUAAUCGCUCACCACGUUACACACACACGUCAUCAUCAUCAGCGUCAACAGUAUUAUUCACAGUUCAAGGUCAAGAGUUGGCGCAACUCAGUCAGAAUUGUAUAGUCUAUGAUGAAACACCAGCGGAACAUCAGUUAAUUGAUGAAACCAAUGGGAAUGCCUGUCAAUUAUUACUAUUAUCACCACCUUUGUCAAGGACCCGUGGGAUGUCAUUGAACACUGACGAGAAAUUAUUCAUUCAUGUAAAAUUGAUUAAAACUGCAAAUUUUAUGGCAGAUUAUUUUAAUAUUAAUGCAAAUAAUUAUACAUUAUUAACAAGUCAACAUAUUGAUCGUGAAGAAUUAUGCAAUCAAGCAUUGCUUCGAACUGAUACAACAUCUUUAUCUGAUUCUCUAAGAAUAUGUUGUAUGAAUGGUCGUAAAGAAUGUAUUUUCCCACUGAAUAUACUUGUACAAACAAGAAUUGGCAAAGAUGAUGUGAUUGCUAUGCAUACUACUAAUAAUGUUAAUAGUAAUACUAGUAGUAGUAGAAAUAUUAACAGCACUACUAGUAGUACUACUGCUUCUACCGGGUCUGCUGAUAUCAGUAGUAGCAGUAGUAGUAGUAGUACUAGCAGUUCACGAUCGAAAUUUUUUACUAUACAAAUCAAACUCAUUGAUAUUAAUGAUAAUCCACCGAAAUUUCCAAAUACUCAGCAUACAAUACAUGUUUCCGAAGGAAUACAAAUUGGAUCUAGGCUACCUUUACCAUUAGCAAAAGAUUUGGAUUGUACAGAGUAUAAUAUUAUCCGAUAUCAACUUCUUACACAAGAUGAUGAUAAUGAUGGUGAUACAUUUGAAUUAAUUCAAUUAUCCAACGAAUUUAUCACUAGUCUUCCAACAUUAGUACCGAUUACUUCAAAUAAUCAACUAUUGUAUUCAAAUUUCAAUAAUCUACCGUAUCAAACACACAAUGAACCGACAUUCAAUUAUCAACAACAACAACAACAACAGCAUCAAUUGUCAACUUAUCAAAAUCGACCAGAACAAUUAUAUUUAAAAGUUAGGAAAAAAUUAGAUUGGGAAACUAGACGUCAUUAUAAAUUGCGAUUGAAUGCUGAAGAUGGUGGACAGCCAGCAUUUACCGGUGAAAUGAGUUUAGAGGUUAGUUUGAACUGA